UCGUGUUUGUUUUCGUAAAUUGUGGAGGUCCGCCGUCCAGAACGCGUGGAAAGUCGCCGGGUGCAAAUGUCACGGCGCCCGAAGGCGUGAAGCGGGGACUCUCCAGACUCCAGCCAUAUCUACACGACGCUCGGCAAAAGUAAAACAGGGUCGGCUUAGCGCUAUGUUCCCGCGGAAGGCGAUCGUCUCCCAUUCCAUACAGCCCACUUCGGUGCAUAAGAAGCAGGCACCGGGCGACGGACCCCUCUCUCAAAAACUCUCGUCUGCUACCUCUCACUCCAGAAAAACAUUCCCCCCGCACAUCUCCAUUCCGUCCGAUUCCCAACAAUGCUCGCCGUCAAAGAACACCAAUUCCUCGCUUACAUCCGCGAAAACCUCGCCCCAAACGACAUCGGAAAUCCAGAGGCAGUUUUGAAACUCGCGGACGAAUUCGGUCGCAAGCAGUGGCUGAUGGCUGUGGGGGAUACGAAGGGGGGGAUUAUCGAUGAUGUUGUGCGGGUGAGGAAUCCUAAGGUGAUGAUUGAACUCGGCUGUUAUUGCGGAUACAGCGCAACACGCUUCGCCCGGUUGUUGCAAGGGGAGGAUUCGCACUACUAUUCGUUUGAGAUGAACGAGGUGUAUGCCGAUAUCGCUCGCCAGAUCUUCGAAUUAGCAGGCCUCUCCCACAAAAUCACAAUCAUCACCGGCCCCUUUGAAGAAACCUUCCGCCUCCUCUCCUCCACCUACAACGUCCAAACCGUCGAUCUCGUCUUCAUCGAUCAUGCAAAGGACCGAUACCUCCACGACCUGCUCCUGCUUCAAAAUCAGUCCACCUACUUGAAACCAGGAACGAUCAUUGUUGCGGAUAAUAUUAUCAAGCCGGGCGUCCCUGAUUAUCUGGAGUACGCGAUGAAUACGGAUACGUUGAGGAGUAGGAUGGUCGAGACGGAGUUUGAGUAUACUACGACGGGGGAGAAGGAUGCGCUUGUUGUUAGUGAGGUUUUGUAGGGAGGUGGGAGGAGGGAGGGUUUGGGUUUCUCGAUUGGUAGAAAUCUGUAGCGUAUUAUAGUGGUAGCAUCCGUAUUGCAUAUGUCUGUUUCAGUCUGUUCACAUUCCCCAAUUGUAUAUACUUACACAAAACAACACAAAAACAAACUCCGAGUCGUGAAGGGGGCAGAAGACCAUAUACAAAUUACUGGUUGAUCGCCAGAGACGCGAUGAUUGCAAAGACCCUUGACAUUAGCCGUCACGCAACCAUUGUUAU